UUGACGUUCAACAACAACAUGUUGCUUUCCAUCCUAAUUUUCAAUUGCAUUUUGAGUGCUCUCACCGCUAGACUCUUGAAUGAAACAGACAUACAGAGCAUCGCAAAAAAUCAUGAGAAAGCUGUUGAUGGUCUGGAUCUGCAUUCAAAGGAUUCCGAUGAAUUCAAGUUCAGUAAAUUAUUAGACAUCCACUUGAGAGGAGGUUAUGAAGAUCUACAUCCAAAUCUACGAGACCUAAUCGAAUCCCAAAUUCAACCAGAUAAAGCACUUUCAAUCUCAGAACAAGGAAAUAAAUGCCUCGUCGAGAGCCAGAUACGAAAUGAUGACGGUUCGUUAAUGGAGAAAAUAGAAAAUUUAAUGUCUUCACAAAAGUCAUCAGAAUGCAAAUUUUCAGUAGGAGUUAAUAAGUCUCCUUUUUGUUAUCAACAUAAAACUGAAAAACCCCUUCCAAAAAGCUGCAAGGAGGUACAAACGAAAGGAAACAACGUUUCUGGAAUAUACGAAAUUCAGCCGAAUAUGUCCCAAGAACCAUUAAUGGUUUUGUGUGACAUGGAAACUAUGGGUGGGGGUUGGACGCACAUACAAAAGCGGUUCGAUGGUUCUCAGGACUUUUAUUUAGGUUGGCGGGAGUAUAAAUUUGGAUUUGGAAACCUCAACGGAGAGUUUUGGCUGGGGCUCGAGAAUAUAUAUCUAUCGACAGCAAAGGAACCCACAGAGUUACUCGUCGAGGUCAUCGAUAGAGACAAUGUGAAAGCUCAUGCUCACUAUAAAGCAUUUGCUGUAGGAUCUGAAGGGGCAGGGUAUCCAUUGAGCGUGUUAAAAGAUUGCACCGGGGAUGCUGGAGACGCACUAACUCACCACCUUGGUAUGAAAUUCUCAACAAAAGACUUUGAUCAAGACGCGUACGGGCAACAUUGUGCUGUGUUAUUCAGUGGAGCUUGGUGGUACAAAGAUUGUCACAUCAGUAAUCUCAACGGAAAAUACCGAAAUAGUGUUCUAUCUGACCAGUAUAAAUACCAAGGAAUGCAUUGGAAAACAUUUCGAAACCAUGAGUACUCUCACGCUAAAUCCAGGAUGUUAAUUAGAUGAGCCUGAUUAUUAUAGAAACACCGGAUUUGAUCGGACUGUCCGAUGCUUUUCCCCAAACGUUUGUGUUCUAAUGUGUCUUUGAAUAAAUAGUAUGAGUAUGUCAAA